ACAUUCCCAGAAUUCAUCAUUCAAAAUGUCAGCCUACGUCAAAAUCGAAAACAGAACAGCAAUUUCUUAAUUUCUUCUGCGUAUUUCUGAAGAUCUGGGAAGAUCGCUGCACGGGAAAACGCUAAAAUGCCCUGUAUUAUGUGAUUGAUUGCCUGGGAGAGAAAAAAUUACAAUGGCGACAGCGGUUUUGCAGUGCUCUAGAAGUCAACUGGACACGUUUUUGCGUGGCGAAGAGCUGUGCAACAAAUUUCAUGACCUCUUCCGCAUUCGCGAUGACAGCCCAAAUAGAAAAAAGGUUGACAAGAAAAAGAACAAGAAGAAGGGGAAGAGCAAAGCCAAAGAAAGAAAUAAGAAGCGUGAGGGAAGCCCUGAUAUUCCCGAUGCCCAGUUCCUGUCAGUGGAGCUUCAGGGCAAUGCUUCAGGCUUCAACGUGUACGCCAGUGUCCGGCAGUCUGUCCUGGAGCAGUGUAUGCGAGAUACAGCCCGGCUGUACCGACUCGCCACAACCACACAAACGUCAGACUCGGAAACUGAUGAUGACAAUGAUGACAAGAACAAAGAUUCUGCAAUCAAAAUACCAAAGAUCGUUGGCUUGGGCUUGAAUGGAGUGUUUGAGCUGGUCCGUGAGACAAGACACAAGUACCCUGACCUGUGUGUGAAGGCCCUGAAGGCCCUGCUUGACCUGCUACAGGGCCAGCAGCCAGAAGGCAUGAAGUGUGAACCACCAGAUGUUGUUGAGAACCUGUACAACUUGCUGAUGGAGAUAGCGACCAAUGUUGGCUCAGACAUCGUGUUUGAUGGUCAGUCACUGACAGCUCUUGCCUGUUCUGCUCUCAUCAGUCUCACCAUUGCUCUGGGAGACACAGGGAAGCUGUUGAAGGCUGUCAAGGCUCUGCUGAUGAGCCCCUCGUCACUGGCCUCUCAAGAUAUACUGGUGCCAGGAAUCCUGACUUCACUACAGAAGAGUGUGCAGGCCGUGUUACUGGGAAAAGCACAGCUGCCAGACUGGUUCAACAGUGGGGUCAAAACAAAGUCCCACUCUCACAAGUUCAACAUACCUGACUUGAAAAAUAGUGAAAGUACAGUGGAGAACAGUGCUGUGGCUAGUGAUGGAAGAUACCUGUAUAUACUCAAUAAGAAGGGACUGUUUAAGAUAGGGACUGGAUAUGGAGGAACAAUCAAGGGUAAUGUCUACAAACACAAAGAGAACUUCCCUGUCAACAGGACUGUGUGGCUUGCCUUCAGUGGGGGUAAACUGCUGUGUCGAUCUGACAACAACUCCUCCCCCGGCCUGUGUGUCAUCAACAGAGACAGUCUAGAAGUGAAAGCACCAUGUGAUUUGGAUGGUCACACCAUUGGACAGAGUGUGUUGUUCAGUGAUGGAGAGAGCAUAGGUCAAAUUGCACCCGCAAAAGAUCAGGACAGCUUCGUGGUGCGCACGUUCAGUCCGGACAAGAGUCCCAUGUCUGUCCUGAGUGAAAUCCCCCUGAAACUCACACGCAAGUGCAUGGAUGUGUUUGGCAGUAACUCUCUAGACCCGGAGGUGGAAAGGAGAUUUAUCCAUACAGGAUUUGAUGAAGACAUAGCCUCAGUCAGCACGGGUAAGGAGUUCACCUUAAUCCGAACUGUAGGAGGCAAGUUGUUGUACAGUGGCAAGUCAGCAGCCCUGGGUAUCAAGCAGGGUGGCCCCUCCCAGGGGAAGUGGGCGGAGCUCCCUAUCACCAAGAGCCCUAAGAUAAUCCACCUAGCCGUGGGGCAUGAUGGACAACAUGCUCUCAUGGUGUCGGAGGAUGGGGGCGUGUUCUUUGUUGGCACACCAAGGAGGGGGGAGGAUGGAGAUUCAAGUUUGUCCAAAAACCGAAGACAACCAAAACCAGUAAAACCAAAGAAGAUGAUCCGCCUAGAGUCGCGGUCGGUGGUGUACGCGGCCUGCAACAGUGGCAGCAGUGCUGUAGUCACCAAGGAAGGCGAGGUCUACAUGUAUGGAAAGGACACCGCACAUUGUGACCAUGCUAGUGGUCAUGUGACUGACCUGAAGGAUGUGAUAGUGACCCAGAUUGCCCUGGGCAAGGCCCAUGCUGUGGCCCUCACAAACAAGGGGCAGAUCUUCACCUAUGGAAUCAACAACAAGGGGCAGUGUGGCCGGGACUUCAACCCAGGGCCUCCAGAGAAAGUGACAAGCAGCAAUGUGAUGAUGGCAGAAGAGGAGGAGGAAGUGGAGAAUGAUGAUGCUCUGUGUGGACCAGGCAAGCACCGAUGGAAGCAGGAUCAAUGUAUGGUGUGCACUGUGUGUGGGGAGUGCACUGGCUACGGCGUCAGCUGCAUCAACAGCAACAGAGUGGACCGCAACCCUGGCAUGCCGUGUGGGUGUGGUGGAGACUCAGGGUGUGCUGAGUGUGGGGCAUGUCGUGUGUGUGCUGGGGAAAAGCUGGAGCUUGAAGAGUUAGAUGAACGAGGAUUACUUGAGGUCUUUGCUAAAGAUGGACCAGUCCGUGUUUCAGCGAGUAGGCAGGGGGUGCGACAUGUGGAGCAGUUGGGCAAACGUCUGGAGCAGAAGAUCGAGUUACGGAAAGCUCAGCAGAAACUAGUCAAGGAGAAGAGACAACGGGAAGGUGGCAGUGAUCCAGAGGCAGAGAACAUCAAGCUGGUGAGUCUGCCGCCCCUGGAGGUGCAGAUUGGUGCGGGGGACGUGCAGGUGACGCAGAUAACUUGUGGUCAGCACCACACUGUGGUGAUGCUACAGAAUGGAGAUGUGUACACGUUCGGCAGCAACCACCAGGGUCAGCUUGGACUAGGAGACACUGGAGUCAGAGGCAGCCCCAGCAAGGUGCCCCUUCCUCUGUCCGCAGUCCAGGUGGCAGCAGGCAGCUAUCACUCAGUCAUAUUGCUAACCAGCGGUCAAGUCUACACAUUUGGCAACUAUCAGAAAGGAGCACUUGGUCGGAUGGGGCCUGAUGAGGGUGGAGUGAAGAGCAAGAAGGGACCAUGGUACUCCAUCCCUGGACCAGUUCCUGGAGUUGGUUCAAGAUUUGGUCGUCGAGCCACAUGGAUAGGAGCCAGUGGGGACCAGACUUUCAUGAGGGUGGAUGAGUCACUGAUAAAUGCUCACACCCUCGCCCGCUCAAACCUGUUCGCUAGUCAGACAUGUAUAGGUUUGAUUCCGAAGGGCGAGGACAGUACAGCCAUAAUGAAAUGUUUGAUGAUUAGCAAAGUGGAUGGAAGUUGUAAGAGCUUCAGCGGCUCGGAACAGGUGGACUUGAGUGACCAGGCAGUAUGUCUUGACCCUGUCUAUGAUCUUCUCUGGGGAUACUGUCCAAAGACCCAGGAAGUGAACUGCUAUAAUGUCCUGGUGACAGAGUCACAUGACCUGCAGAGUGUUGAUCCGGGUUACUGUGACCUGUUCAGCCCUGAGUUGGCCGUCCCAACCAGGAUGGGGUGCCAUGCCACUCGCUCGCAUGCAGCUCUACAUAUGCUGGGAUCCCUGGACACCCUGACGACAGCCCAUCUCCUGAAUAUGACUGUGAUAGAGGAGGCUCGCGAGAAGCAGUCCACUUCAAAGAUAUACACUAGGGAGGACUACUCCAUCAUCAACAGAUUUGAAAGCCAUGGUGGAGGGUGGGGGUACUCGGGCCACUCAGUCGAGGCCGUCCGCUUCAUGUGUGAUACAGACAUUCUGCUGGGAGGAUUUGGACUCUUCGGAGGGAGAGGAGAGUACUUUGGUAGGAUAAAGAUAUUUGAACUGGGAGCCGAUGGAGGAGAAAAUGAGACAGACGGAGAACUGAUUGCAGAGACGGAGGAAGUGCCAUUUGAAUGUGGAGCAAGGGAGAAGUAUGCCAUGCUGUUUGACGAGCCUGUCCACCUACAGGCCAACAACUGGUAUGUGGCCUGGGCACGUAUCUCUGGCCCCAGCAGUGACUGUGGUUCCAGCGGACAGCCCUCGGUCACCACAGAUGACCAAGUUGUUUUUAAGUUCAAGAGCUCCAAGAAGUCAAACAAUGGCACUGAUGUAAAUGCUGGGCAGAUUCCACAGUUGCUGUACAGAUUGCCAUCCCGGGACAGUCCGAGUGUCAUCAGGAGGACGGAGCUAGUGGAGCCUGCACAUGUCCUCAGCCAGGACUUUGCCCACUCCGUCACACCGCUGUGUUUCGAGUCCCUGCUACGGCUGCUGGAGUGGGGCUGGACAACCUUCCACACAGCCAUCAGUGAGAUUGACGGUCUCAAGGGAGCUAACUAUAAAGCUGCUGCAUCAGACCUACAGCGUCUUGUCUACAUCUGCCGUGCAUGUCUCCGCCUCAUACGCAUCUACGUCAAUGAGGUCUACCCAGAUGGAGUGACCAAGAAGAAAUACCCCUUGGAGACCUCUUCAAUGGCUGAACGUAUUGGUGACACGAGAGACCUUUUGAGACGCAUCCUAGCCGAGGAGGUUCACAUGGUGAAGUUUGCUGUCUACCUUCGUGAACCACCGAGCGUGUCAGCGUUCCAAAACCUGAAGGAGGAGAUCCUGUACGAGUGUCAUCAGACUUUCCGAACAUGCUUCCAUGCGUUCUACCCGACAGGAACGCUCAAGUGGUGGUGUCUUUGUGACCUCCUGUGUCAAGCAGAACCCGGUACCUCCAACGUUUGUGGGGUGGGGCGACUGUUAGCGGCAGUGAUGGAGGCCAUGUGUCACCCUGCCAUCAAGCUCACCAACAUCAUGCCCAUCAACUGUGAACCCGAGGCAGAGGAGAUACUACGUCGGCAAUCACUCUGCAUGGACGACAACACCAACAGUGCUGCCCGACUUGGAGAGAUGCACAAGUAUCCCCUUCUGGCCAGUCAUAUGAGUUACAGAAUGGAGAUUGACAGCAUCACUGGCGGUAGUCACAUCUCCUUCAAGGAGGUGCUGGACCGGCUACUCCUCAUUGGGCUCCCUGUCAGGCAGGCAUUAAGCAAGGAGAAAUCUGUCUUCCCUUCGUCACUUGUUGCUAAUACUUGUGCACUGCUUGUAACCAUCAUCAGUGAACUUGCCGCGUCAUCCACGGGAUUGGAAAUUGACCUUAGCACCACGUCUCGUCCAAUGCUUGUGACACCAAACCGAUUCACGCGAACCAGCCAGAGUGCGUACUGGAAUGCUGGGAAUGGAAGUCCAGAUGCUGUGGCCUUCACAGUUGACCGACCGGGCAUCGUGGUGGCCGGAGUAUGCGUGUAUGGGGGCGGAGGACAUUACGAGUAUGAGGUGGAACUUCUGGAUGAGCAAGGUGAAGGUCAAGAAGAUGUGUCUCACACACAGAGGUGGAACAGUCUGGAGAUUGUGCGUGGAGCUUACACCCCUGAGGACUGUGUGAAUGACAUUGCUGAGAUCAAGUUUGAUAGGCCAGUUCCCAUCAAGCUAGAUGUAUAUAUUCCAGCACCCCAGGAUGGUGAGCACUAUCACCAGACCACCAAGAAUCUGGCAGAGCUUCAGGCCAGGAAGAAUGCCAUUGACAUCACUGGUGCCAUCUGUAGGAUGACCACAGACCUCCUUCACCGAUCACACUCCUUGCAUGCGGAGGAGGUGUGUGAUGUCAUUGGAAAGUCCCAUCUCUUCUCAUCCCUGCUUCCCCUGUCAUUGGCCUAUGUCGGGCCUGUCGCUGCUCAGGAUCCCAGAGGGGCAGUGCAGGUGCUGUACCUGAUCCAGGAGAUUCUGCCAGCAGUUGUGACGCUCACCAAGAACCUGGUGCCGUUACCACUGAGCAACUCGGCCGUGUUUGACUCCAGCGUCGUGGAGAACAGCCAGAGCACCACCUCCCAGCACUAUGCAGUGGUGGAGAGUGAUCACCCUUACAAGCCAGCCACUGUCGCCAACUACAAGGUGGAGUUCCCGCCCUGUGUCAGGUGGAUUGUGCUGGAGUUUGACCCCCAGAGUGCCACAGCUCAAGUUGAGGACUCGCUACAGUUGUAUGUGCUGGGCAGACCUCAAGGGGAGCCAACUCUGACCAAGGUGACAGGGGUCACGAACUGUGAUGAUCAGGACAUUAAACAGACUCACUGGCCAGUUCUGAAGAAAUUCUAUGGUCACAACAACUGGCCCAAACAGGCAGUCAUACUCCCUGGCAAUGAGGUGGUGUUUUGUUUAAGGCUGGAUUUUGUCCAAAUGGUACCUCAGGACUAUGUGAAGGAUGAAAAGGCAUCGUUCUAUGGCUUUAAGUGUACAGUCAUUGGGUAUGAGCUGGCAUCUAAGCCAGAGGAGAGUGUGCAGCAGUUGGAGAGGGAGCUGAGUUACCUGGGUGGGAUGUGUGCCACAGCUCUCAUGAGGAGGGACGUUGCUCUACCUCCAGUUACUAUGGAGGAGCUGGAUGAAGAGAUGGACAUGAUAGAAGAAGGAGCUCAACUGGUGUUCAACUCCCACAGUUCGCUGCUAGGGAAGGGCUUCGCUCUGUCUCACCCACCCACCAUCAUGCAGGCCCUGGAGGGCAACCUGCCAUUCUGCUGGCAGUCCAACGAGCGAGCGUUCCUCAAGGACUUUGUGUCCUGCACACCUGGCACUAGUGGAGGCAGACUUGCCAGAUGGUUGCAGCCUGACUCCUACCUGGACCCAAAGCAGUGUGAGAUCGUGUGUAACAAGGAGGAGCUCAAGUGUAGCUGGCCUGCCGUCGUCACUGUCCUCACUAAGGAUCAGUACGGACAGCUUGUCAACGUGCAAGACCUCAGGAUUGAAGUGAAGGCGGUGCCUGUCGACCAGAAGGACACUACAGGAGAUGACAUGAAGAAGAUGAGACGACUGAGUCGUCCCGAUGAAGGUGACCUCACAUUUGGAGGUCUACCCCCGCCAUCACUUGACACUCCUUACGAAUCCACCUUCAAAGACAGAAAGGACAUUUUCCACUCUAUAACCAUCAUGAAGGCCUAUGAGAACUACUCAUUUGAGGAGCUGAGGUUUGCUGCCCCGGCUGUGCCCCGGCCGAGUGAGAACAUGCUGGUCCGUGCCAACAACGAUGGGACAUUCAGUGCCAACUGGACACCGGGCUGUGUGGGCUUCUACAACAUACACGCCACCAUUGAUGGGUUUGAAGCAGGUGAUGUAUACAAGGUGGAGGUGAAGGAACCCCCCCAGGGAGUCCCCCCUCCCUCACAGCACGCCAAGAAGGCCCACCAGCCCAGCAGGAUGCGGAAGUUUGUUGGGAAGUGCAGUGCUGGUCUGAGGGUGCGAGUUCACCCCACCCUCCAGAGUGAGCAGAUAGGUGUGGUCAAGCCUGGUGGGGUCAUCUCCUUCAUUGACGAGAUCCACAACGAUGACGGCGUGUGGGUGAGGCUGAGCCCGGACUCCAUCAAGGAGUGGUGCGUCAGUGGCUACACAGAGGCAUGGUGUCUUCAGUACAACCAGCAUCUAGGCAAGGCGCUCCUUGUACCUGUCGAGGAACCCAAGUCCAUCCUGGAUGAGAUGGUCAAGGAAGCCAUACAGAGGAAGCUCCCGGAGUAUGUGAGGGACAUCUUGCCCAGGCCACGCAGAGGGCCUGGGGUGUACCAAGUGGUGAAGUGUGGAUCAUUUGGCCACAACAUCCGCAGUCGCCCUAACCUGAAGGCAACUCCCAUCGGCAUGCUGACACUGGGGAAGAGGCUGACUGCCAUUGAGGAUGCAACUAAUAUCGACGGCACCUGGGUGAAGCUGGAUGUGGAGAGUGUUGAGCAGUACUGUCACAGUAGUGAGACAGAGGCGUGGUCACUGGCCGCAGGGAAGGACAGCAUCGUGUUUCUCCGUCAUGAGUCCGAGGUGGGGCCGGUCGGGAAGGACCCUUUCUCCUUCAACACCCUGCCAGUCACAUCAUCACGUGGCUUCGACUUCUCCGGAGCACACUGUCACUCAACCAGCCUCCCCAGCUUCAGUCUCAAGAGUGACUUCACUCUAGAGAGCUUUCUUCAUCAUUUUCAAGCAGGCUUCGCCCCUAGAAGCACCACAACCUCCUUUGCAUUUGGGCAUCCAGAAGCUGCAGCAAGUGUACCAAUGUUCGGUCAGUCCUCUGCUGGCGCCACCGCCAGCCCCUUUGAACCUGUGACGCUUGUAGUAGACUCAGCAGGAGACGAAGCCCAGUCUUCGAGCGGUGGACCUUUCACAUCUACACCAAUGACGACGAGGAGAAUGCCGCAGCCAGUCAAAGCGUACUCCAUGCCGGACCGACGUGCACCACAGACGGCCUACCUUGAACGCCAAGCUGCCGAUCUUGGCAUGAUUGGGAAGGGGAGAGAUGGGAGGGACCUGCCCCCCGAGCUGAUGGGUGUGUCUGUCAGGGAACUAGUCAAGGCUCUAGGUGAAAGUCGAGCCAAUGGUAAUGGCCCUACCCCCAACCCUUCCCCUCCGGGCUCUCCAAAGAAAACCUCACGCAGCUCAAGUCCAAAGCCACCCAGUGACUCAGGUUCUCCCCGAUCAGGCUCCCCAGCUAUGCGUGACAGGGACAGCCCCCGCCCAGGGGACUCCCCGCGGGGGACACUGCAGAAGGAGGAAGCCUUCAAGACCCCACCUGGUAGCCCCAUACCUAUGAGGAGCACUCGGGGCAAGCUCCAGAAGGAUCAUUCCUUUGACAAGAACAUCUCCCCUCCUGUGACACCUCCUCCUGUGAGAAAGGAGUUGCCUCAAGUACCCACAGCUCCAGAGGGGCGGGUCAAGGUACCCCCAGUGAAGGAUGUGCCUGCAUUACCAACAGUUCCACCCCCAGGAGCAUCAGGGUGUGGCAGCCCGAGAUAUGCUUCGCCAGUAAGAGGAGGCAGCCCACAUCGGAGGGUAGCCACAGGAAGUCCUCAACUAGGAGCAAGUGCUGCUGGGAUAGUUCGGCCUGGCAGUCCUGGACAGAAUACCCCACAGAUGGCUGGAGCGUUCAAUAUAGGAUCAUCAUCACCAAAAGAUGAGGCUAUAAGGUUGUCACCUAAAGCAAAUAGGAAGGAUCGAGGUCGGCAGCUGAGGACCAAGCGAGAAAGGGCUUCAUCCCCAUCUCCUCGUGAUAUAAAUCCUUUGAUGAGGUCACGGUCAUCUUCAGCCUCCCAGAUUCUGGAUCGACCACGUGACCCGGUCAAGGAAGCCUUGUCUCCGUCAGUGGCCGAGUGUCUCCGGGCAGUGUUUGCUGCAUUCAUGUGGCACGAGGGCAUUGUCCAUGAUGCCAUGGCAUGUGCUUCCUUCCUCAAGUUCCACCCCGAUCUGCCAAAAGAAAUGUCCAAAUUUGUGAAAGAGAAGAAACAGGAGAAGAUCCGAGUUCGUCAUGCGACAGACUCCAGCAAAGAUCUUUCAAAGGAAAAGAAGAAGGAUAAUAUUAAUGAGAGUAGAGUUAGGUUUAAUCUUGAGCCUCAGAUCAAAGACAUCAGUGAAACAGAGCUGCUGAAGGGGGAGAGGGCAUCAACUCCCAUUCGUCCCCCGAUCGCAAGAGUCAAAUCUGAAGGGGACAAGUGGAAGCUGGAGGCAAAGGAACGAGAUGAAGUUCGGGACAAGGAGGACAAGGAACUUCCGCCAACCAUCCAGCAUCUGGUAUACUUCUGGGAGGAACUGUCCACAUCCGUCCUCAAAGUCAUAGGCCAAGACCUCAUUCUUCCUAGUCCUGCUCAAGCUGUGAAGAUGAAGAAGGCCGAGAAGAAGGAUAAAGAAAAGGAUAAGGAAAAGAAGAGCAAGAAGCGGAAAGAGGCAAAGGCUGUUGCCAAGGGGAAUCUGUUUGGUGAUGCAGUUGCUGGGAUGUUUGGUGGUGGAGGUGGGGAGAGGGAGACGUUGUGCGAACUUUGUGGAGGGUCCUUCCCCCACCCGGUUACAUAUCACAUGAGGCAGAACCACCCUGGUUGUGGACGGCAUGCCUGUGGGAAGGGGUAUAACAGUGGGGGGAACUUCUGUGGCGGCUGGGCGGGAAACUGUGGAGAGGGAGGCAUUGGCGGCAGUAGCUGGUACCUCAUGUGUGAUAAGUGCAGGGACAAGUACCUCCGUGACAAAAAAAACUCUCAGAAGGAAAAGGAUAAAUCAAAGAAAGUGAAGAGGAAAUCAAUGCUCUCAAAACAAGCUACCUUGGUGUCACCUCAAGAGGGUCAUAUAGUGUUGAAAAACAAUGCUAUGUUUCUCUUAGACCUGGCAAGUGCCUCUGGCUUUACCCUACCCAAACAUCACAAAAAACCCCACUCCCGUGCCGACAUGAUCCUUCCCAGUGUCAGUGAAGACCUUGGGUCAGAACUAGAACCCUUCCCUCCUGUUCCCUUCCAGUAUCUGGUCCAGCAGAAUGCCCAGAAUGCUGACUCAGCUUUCGCAGAGGAUAUUUUGAUCGAUGACGAAGAGAGGGUGUUUGUGAGGUCAGGGUCACUGAGCAUAGCAAACAGGAGAACAAUUUCAUACAGACCAAGGUUGCCAACAGAACCACGACAUAGUCCGUUGGCAAGGUCAGGGUCACUUGGGCAGGAUGUGCGGCCAUUCUCACAGUACUCGCCACCAGGACCAGUGGACCCCAGCAUGAAUGUGUCUGGUGAAGCUAAGGCGGUGGUGAAGAGUGCUGGAACAAGUCCAGACAAUGAACAAGAGCACUUCAAGAAGAUCUUCCACCGCAGUAUAUCAGAGAUCUCCUCCGAUGAUGAGAACAGUCAACAGGGGGCCCACAACAGGGCCAUGGCCAGGAGGAGAAACAACAGUGGAGGAGUCGGAGAUGGAGGGAUGUCAUUAUUGAAGCAUCCAUCAGCAGCCAUGACAAAGCUGAUCAACUCGGUGGACCGGAGUGGAGCACCCUCGGGUAACGGAGAACGUGCGCUACAGCGGCCUGUGAUGGAGUUCAUCAUCCAGAGACAUGACCUGGACAGUUUGCAGCUGGCCAUGAGACAAGCACUGCGCAAGGCAUCAUGUCGUGUGUUUGCCAUGCAGGCCUUCAACUGGCUGCUGCGUAGUGUGGUGCAGCAGGUGUGCCUACAUGACCUCUUCUGGUUCUUCACGGUGUCUCUCAUGCCUCCCGUGGAUGAGGAGGAAGAGGAGGAAGAACAGGUCAAGGAGAAGAAGGACGUCAAGAAGGACCAAGAGGAUGUACCUAUGUGUGAACACCCGCUGUCAGACAUCACUAUCGCAGGGAAAGCAGUGGCCCCCUUCCCUGAGACCUUCCACACCUUGCUACAGACCAUCUCUGAUGUCAUGAUGCAGUUACCCCUUGGGUCCUCUCUACAGAGGAUGGGAGUGUGUUGCUACUGUCUGGAGUUCACACAGUCAGACCACCAGUUCCUCCAUGAGAGUCACGUCUUCAGCAACAUCAGCCGCAUCCUCAGCAAGUCAGAUGAGGAGUCGGAGGAGAUUAGUAUAGAUGCCUCACAGCUUGGUUUCAAGGUGUCCUGUUUACGGGACCUCACAGGAUCAGCGGAAAUCAAAGCCUCAAGUCGACAAGCAAUGAUUGCCAGUCUAACAGAUAAUUCUACAGAAACAUUCUGGGAGAGUGGGGAUGAGGACCGAAACAAACUGAAGCUGAUCAACAUCACAUGCUCCAACAAGUCCGACCCAAGGAUGGUGUACGCUCAUAUCGACAACACAAGAGAUAUUGGGAACAAGGUGUCGGUGGUGAACUUCAGUGCUGGAACCUGUCCAGAAGACAUGAAGAAAGUCAGACAGGUGGAGCUGGAGCCUCGCCAUGUGGGUUGGGUGAGCUGUGCUCUGCAGGAGACCCAGUGCCGCCACCUGCAGAUGGAGAUGAAGGGCUCGGACCAGAGCCUCCGUGUGCGGCAGGUCAAGGUGCUGGGCAGCCAGGACGAUGAGGACAUCUAUCUCCCUGUCAAGAAGACGGCCAUGGACCUGCAGGAAUACAACUGUGAGGCAGAGACUCUUCGAGUGUUCAGGAUACUCACCUCACAGGUGUUUGGUCGGCUGAUCUUCACGGAGAAGGAGAACGACGAUGAUGUGGAGGGGAAGAAGGAUGUGUCCGAUGCCCUGGAUGUGGACAAUGACCUGAAGGAACACAUGGUGGGAAUACUCUUUAGUCGCAGCAAGCUGUCACACCUGCAGAAACAGGUGUGUUCCCACAUCGUGCAGGGAAUCAGGAAGGAGGCUGCUCGUAUCCGGGAGGAGUGGGAGAGUUCCCUCACACACGUCACUCGGGAGAUCCUGGAUAUAGACAGGUCAUCGGAUGUGUACUGUUUUGAGUUGUUGUCGAUGGUGCUGGCACUGAGCGGGUCGAAUGUGGGGCGGAUCUACCUGGCCCAGCAAUAUGGCCUCAUACAGGACCUGUUUGGCCUCCUUCACACUGCCACACCCAGGAUACAGAGACAGGUUACCUCAGUGUUGCGACGAGUAUUGCCAGAGGUGAAGCCUCAGAUCUUGGCUAAGAUCUUGUCCAUCCCUGCCCUGCCUCCGGUAGACUACAGCAUCGUGUCGGUGGCAACCCGUGAGGAGGGAGACGCCAACUUUAACCCAGACACCCCAGGAAUCCUAGAUGUGUUCCUUGCCUGUAUCAGCAAGGCCCUUGAUGUUCAGACCAAGGUGAAGAGCAGUGGUCCACACAAGGGCGUCACCACUCGCACACUGUCAGAAAGUCUACAUGAUCAACCAUCGACUGAGCCACAUGGUGCUCGGUGGUGGAUGAGAGGACUGAUGUCUCCGGCACUGGCUGGCACCAUUAUUUCCCUCAUACAGGACAUGGCGGCGGGCAAGUUAUCUGAGACGUGGGCUGCAGUGACAAAGGCAGCUAUUGCUGAGGCCAUUUUGAAUUUGACCAAACUGGAUGAACCCCACAGAGCACCUGAAACCUGUGUGAAAACACCAACACUGUGGUUGGCCGUGUCCUCCCUGUGUGUGCUGGACCCGGACCAUGUGGAGCGGCUGUCGUCUGGAGAGUGGGUGGCCAGUCCUGACGGUCAACAUGGUCAGCCCAGGCCGACGUGUGAUAACCAUGACGAUGGGGUGACUCCAGCCAUCAUCCUGUGUAGCGAGUGCGGGAACUUGUGUGCUGACUGUGACCGCUAUCUCCAUCUCCAUCACAGGACUCGAACACAUCAGAGACAGGUGUUCAAAGAAGAGGAAGAAGCUAUCAAAGUGGACCUCCAUGAAGGGUGUGGUCGGACAAAACUCUUCUGGGUGAUGGCUCUAGCUGACUCAAAAACACUCAAAGCCAUGGUGGAGUUCAGAGAAGGCAAGGUGUCCAACACUGCUACAGUGGGCCCUGGCACCUGCAGGUUCUGUGGCACCACCAGCAACACAGGGAUGCUGGCUAUAGGCAAUGUGUGCUCCGAUCCUGACUGCCAGGAACACGCCCGCAACGCCUGCACCAAGGUGCUGACAUGUGGCCACCCCUGCUGUGGCAUCAAGAACGAGGACCCGUGUCUGCCGUGCCUCCGAGGGUGUCAGUCUGCCAACCAGCCCCCACUGAAGCAGGACUCAGAUGACAUGUGCAUGAUCUGCUUCACCGGGCUGUCGGCCUCUCCUGCCAUACUGCUGAAGUGUGGGCAUGUCUUCCACAUGCACUGUGGCAAGAAGAUCCUGGAGAAACGCUGGAUUGGUCCACGCAUCACGUUCGGCUUCUCGCUCUGCCCAAUCUGCAAGAACAACAUUGAGCAUCCAGUGCUGAAGAGCCUGCUGGACCCCAUCAGGGAGCUGUUUGAGGAUGUGAGACGGAAGGCCCUGAUGAGGCUGGAGUAUGAGGGCCUGCACAAGGCCGAGGUCAUCACCACUCGAGGGGCUCGAUUCUUUGGGGACCCUGCUGGAUUUGCCAUGGACAGAUAUGCUUACUAUGUCUGCUUUAAGUGCAAGAAGGCCUAUUAUGGGGGUGAGGCGAGAUGUGACGAGCAGGCUGGUGGUGGUGGGGAUGACUAUGACCCCCGGGAGCUGGUGUGUGGAGGUUGCUCGGACGUGUCCAGGGCUCAGAUGUGUCCAAAGCAUGGAACAGAUUUUCUGGAGUACAAAUGUCGUUACUGCUGCUCUGUGGCCGUCUUCUUCUGUUUUGGGACAACCCACUUCUGUAACGCAUGCCAUGAUGACUUCCAGAGGGUUACGAACAUCCCGAAGACAGACCUGCCCAACUGUCCUGCAGGUCCUCGUGGGAAGCAGAUUGAAGGAGACGAGUGCCCUCUCCAUGUACAACAUCCACCCACUGGGGAGGAAUUUGCUCUUGGAUGUGGUGUGUGUCGAAAUGCACAUACAUUCUAGAUAAACUGUGCAUUAUUUCGCACAUACUUAGGCGAUUCGUAUGUCGUACUACACAUACGCUCUAGUUGAGACGUGAAGUGCAAUGUUCUAGAUGUGUGUUCUAAUUCACUUACACUCUAGACGUGGCAAAGAAUCAUACAUUCUUAACUUUGAAACUUGUUUUUAUUGCUGUACAUAUGGAAGCUGUCAGUGUUUGUCGUCAUCCAAGAAAGAACCAUACUCAAAUACUGAGGAGACUAGUCCCAAGUCAUCCGAUAUACUGGAUGGUACGAUGGCUCAUCGUGGAUGUAUACCGAAUGCUUGCUGUAGAAUCAGGACCAGGUGUUAGUGCUCUGCCCACAAAGAAAUCAACCAAAAGUGCAAUCCAUAUUUGACACUGAGAAACCUUUAUCUUUGUUGGCCAGGUCAUUGCAGAUUUUAUUCGCUUCAAGGCAUGAAAUGAUAAGUAAUAUCCAUUUGUUUUUUACGAUGAUGAUAAUAUCCGAGAUAAUAUUCACAGAUGUAAGUAUAUGUAACAUCAGUGAUAUAUAUAUAAUGAGAUCAUAAGUCAAUGAUCAAAAGUUCUGAUUGAGAGACGACAAAAUCAACUUCAUCUUGUAUCCACUUAUAGACAGUUAUAGGAACUGUUUGAAAAGUGCUAACUAGCCCUGCAGCAUCUAGAGGUGGUCCUGCUCUAGAAACAAUGCUGAGUAGAAUUGUCAGUAUUUGCAUCAGUGAGUGCUCAAAGUUGGGGUAUCAUGCUUUGCUACUUUCUCAAAAUAUAUCCCUUGGUCGCUGUCUGUAGAUGUCCCUCGUACAAACCAAAACUGCAAAUUUUGCAUAAUGGGGAAUUUAAAUUUGCUGUUAGAUAUUUUACACUCACAUAUGUUGUAUCCAAGCUUAAACAGUACAUUUUAAUAUUCCAUUGUUUUAACAUGCCUGGUUCAAGUCUAUUAACAAACAUAGUUUGUUUGGAUGAGAGUGGGUGUGUCAAUUGUACAUAGAUAUGAUGAUAUAGUUCAGUGUCUGUUGCUCCAGUGUCGUGAGUUGUGUGCGUCUGUGUAUGUACGUGACUGGUGUUCAGACAGUUUGAGAGGGUUUCAUGGCGUUGGCUACCAACGCCACAAUAGGGAAAUGUCAUGUUUUUUGUCUGUCUUGUAAGUAUCUGAAACCUCAAAUGCUGUGAUACAGGGAUGUCUCAUCCUACCAAUUAUCUUUUCAAUAAAGAAUAUAAUGUU